AUGACUAUGAAAACAUCCCGUAAAAAAACAAAGCCGAUCACCGACCCUACUCCACCCGAAACCUCGCCGGCGGCUGUACUAAUAGCCAACAGCGUCGAUCUCCUCGCACAAGUCCUUCUCCGUCUACCGGCCAAACCCCUAAUCCGAUUCAAGUCCGUUUCCAAACACUGGCUCGCUCUCCUCUCCGACUCCCACUUUGCCUAUGUCCACUCCCGCUUAAACCCUAAACCCUUGAUCUCAUCCUUGUAUUUCCGCUACAACAAAAAGCUCGACUCCGUUUCCCUCAACGGCAGCCCUACCUUUCCCUCUCUCUCCUUCCUACGUCCUCUUACAGGUGAUAUCACGAUUCUACACUCAUGCAACGGUUUACUGUUGAUUAAGAAAAAACAAACUGUUGACAAUCUUGUCAAAGUGCAAUACAUCGUUUGUAACCCGACCACGCAGAAAUUCCAUCUAAUUGGGCAGAAAUUCCAUCGAGUUGCUCGUCGCAGUGGACGUUUUUACAAAUCAGGUUGCUUGGCUUUCGAUCCAUCGAAAUCGCCUCACUACAAAGUUGUAUUGCUUCGUCGAGUCUCUUAUCCCUCUUUGGAGAUGCAUAUCUUCUCAUCGGAGACUGCAUCUUGGAAGAAGAUAUUUCUGACGGAUAGAUGUUAUAGGAAUGGUGCGUUUUGGAACGGAGCUAUCUAUUGGCUAUGUGACCAAUAUAAUCUGUUGAGAUUUGACGUUGAGACGGAGAAGAUGAUAGGGAUGCCGUACACACCAAGUAGUAGUAGAGUUAACAAUAUAUACAAGACUAGGUAUUUUGGGGAUUGCGGCCGUGGUGGCCGUUUGCUUCUGAUUGAGAGUCAUUCGCAUUCUACUGUGAGAUUCAAAAUCUGCGAGAUGGACAAGGACUACUGCUGUUGGAAUGUCAAGUUUCGUGUCGAUCUCAAGACCUUGAUAUCUGAAUUCCCUGUGAUCGAAAGUAAAAGGCGGUAUAAAUUUACAGUGUUGUGUGUUGUCGAGGGAGAGAAGGAAGAUGACUUUUCGCUCAUCUUCGCUAUCCCGGGUAAAAUUAUUUCAUGUAAUCCGCAAGAAAGGACUUGGAAUGUACUUCGCGAUCUGACACUGAGUGAAUACAGUGGAUUCAUAAAGUAUGGUUAUGCUAUUGUUUUUCCGUUUGUUGAAAGCCUAUCUCCUGUUUGA